AAAAGAAGUGACAGUCGACAAAGUCAAAAUCUCAAGAAGAGCCAAAGCUUUCCUCGCCGAGCUCCGGACGUCGACCUCUUCCAUGGCGGAAGAAGCCUCAAUCACCGCUUCUCCGCCAUCGCCACCUCCGUUUGUGGAGGUCUCCUGCAAAAUUUCUGGUAAGAACUACCGAUUUGCGUCUGGAACAAAGGCGGAAUUCGCUGUCGCUUUGAUCAACAGGAAACUGGGUUUAGUGAAUCCUCGUGUGAUUUACAUCGAAGCGGUCAAAGAAGGCGACGAACCGAUCAGUUUUGGUCCUCAUGCGGAUCUUGUGGAUUAUGGGCAUAAUUGGAAGUUAAAUGCUGUAAACGAUGCGAAUCAUCCUGGAACUGAGAACAGCGAUGGGGUUCCCCUACAAAUACCAAGGAAAAUUCCUUCUGCUUCAUCGGGUCCGGAUGAUUCAAAGUCGGAAAGGAGGAGUUCGAGUCCGGAGGCAAAGAAAGGGUUGAGUCCCGUUUACAUUGGUAAGACAUUGGUUGCGUUUGUUUUGAUGCUUGUUCUUGGCGCUCUCUUCACAACAGCCCUUGAGAACCUUCCACUACUGAUAUCGCUCUUGAACUCAUCCAUGUGAUUUGAUUUGUUGAAUAAACAUUGCAUAAUAUUGACGACUCGUUUCUUAGAUUCUUCAUAUA